AUGACAACAGCCAUUAUGAGCAGCGAGGAAGUCAAAGCUGUUCAUAGUGGCGAUGCCACCCCUCCAGUCGAGGCGGUUGAUCCCAACAAGGAUACCGGACAGCGCGAUUUCUCUGUUUUCACUGUCAGCCAAAAGCGCUGGAUCGUCGCAGCUGGAUCUCUUGCGGCAUUUUUCUCCCCAUUAUCCUCUAGUAUCUAUUUUCCUGCUCUGGACACAGUCGCCAAGGCCUUAGGCGUGACCGUCACGAAAGUCAACCUCACGGUGACCACGUAUCUGGAUCGCGCAUCAGAUUCUGCAGGAAUUGCUCCGAUGUUGAUUGCAGGGUUCUCCGACACUGCAGGUAGGAGACCUGCAUACAUCAUCUGUUUCACCAUUUAUGUCGCUGCCAACCUUGGUCUGGGUCUUCAGAACAGUUAUGCCGCUCUCCUCGUGUUGAGAUGUAUCCAAAGUGCCGGGAGCAGUGGAACGGUGGCUCUGGCAAACGGACUGGUGGGAGACUUGGUCACAUCCGCCGAACGAGGCUCCUAUAUCGCCUUUGCUUCCCUGGGAGGCAUGUUGGGUCCUUCACUUUCACCCAUCAUUGGCGGUUUGAUCAGCCAGUACCUUGACUGGCACUGGCUGUUCUGGUUCUUGUUGAUUUUGUCCGGUGUCUAUGCGACGCUCCUCUUUCUCUUUCUGCCCGAGACUUGUCGGAAAGUUGUCGGAGACGGGUCGAUUCCACCACCACCAAUGAAUGCUUCGGUAACCGACUGUAUCCGCCAUCGGAAACGUAAGAGAAGGGGCGCCGCUGUGACCGAAGAAGAAAUUAAUGAAGCGAGAAAGACUUACGCCUUUCGUUUCCCCUCGCCCCUGCCAACGCUGAAAGUCGUAACGGACUUGGAGACUGGGGCAAUCUUGCUUGUGACGGGAUUAAUGUAUGCUGGCUUUUAUGCCGUCAUGACUGGAGCUACCGCAUCAUUCCAUAAUGUGUAUCAUUUUAACAACAUCCAAACCGCACUGAUGUAUCUACCUCUCGGCUGGGGGGGAUCGCUUCGGCUCUCACGACGGGACGUCUGGUGGACUGGAAUUAUCGCCGACUUGAGCCACUUCAAUAUCGAGAGAGCCAGACUCGAGAUCGGGUUGCCGUCCUAUUAUCUCAGCACGAUUUGCAUCAUUGCUUAUGGCUGGGUCAUGGGUCGCAAAGUCAAUUUGGCUGCCCCGGUGAUCCUUUUAUUUAUCAGUGGAUGGUCUCUCAAUGCAACCUCGCAAGUCCUGAAUGCUCUGAUGGUGGAUAUUUGGCCUGGACAAUCCGCUGCAGCAACUGCAGCAAAUAACUUGAUGCGCUGCGAGCUGGGUGCUGCCGCGUCCGCCGUGAUCAACCCAAUGCAAGAAGCGAUGGGCUGGGGGUUGGCAUACACCACCCUUUCAUUGAUUUCAAUUGCUGCUUCGCCGAUCCUGUGGCUGAUGGCACACAAAGGAAUGAAAUGGCGACAGAGACGGACAGAGAAAGAAAAGGAGCGGGAGCGGGCAAAGGAUGAAAGCAAAGUUGAAGUCAAAUGA